AUGGAGGAAAACUGUUGUUCUUACGAUAUGGUGGUAGUCGAACUUAUCUUCUUCCUUUACAAGACCGGAGAGUCGAUGUUGGACGCCACAACACGACCUUAUAUCGUAAAGGCAGUUUGUCAGGAAACUUUUCCAUACAACGCUUCCAUUUGCUUUGACCUUGACCGAUACCCAGAGCACGAGGAUCGCGUGCAGAGUAUAGCCGGGAACUACCUGAUGUACUAUCGUCUGCUCGUUAAUCUUCCCGCCGUCUUUUUGGGGUUGUUUUGUGGUGCGUACAGUGACCGGUAUGGACGGAAGUUACCAAUGCUUCUUCCGAGUAUAGGUAGUGUACUGGGUGUUCUGUUGUACAUUCCAAGCUUAAUGUUGGAGGAAAUUCGAAUCCCUCUGAUUUUAAUGGGCGCAAGCUUACAAGGAAUAUUUGGCAAGAGUUCUGUCAUCACCAUGGCAGUGAAUAGUUAUGUAUCUGAUAUAUCAGAGAUGGAUGAAAGGACGAAAAAAUUAGGAAAACUUCUCGGCAUGAAUUUCUUCGGUCUGUUUGCUGGGUCUCUUCUGUCGGGACUUUUCCAGGAUACGACAGAUAUGCUUACAACAUUCUGUUGUAUUGUAAUUAUCCACGCUGCAGUGGUAUUAAUCACAGUAUUUGCAAUGAACGAUUCUAUAACCUUUCCAUCCAAAAAGGUUGAAAACAAAGGUUUAAAGGGAGAAUGUUGUGAUGUGUUUAAACCGUCGAACAUCAAGGAUAGUGUCAUGGUCAUUUUUAAACAAAGACCAAGAAAUACCAGAAAUAUCAUUUUGAUACUUUUCUUUACAUCAGUCUUGAAUCAGACUUGUAAGGUUGGCGAAAUGGACAUCACAGUGUUAUUUGUAACCAGAAGUCCACUUAACUGGCCGAAAUCCUGGUACGGCUAUUUACUGUCUGUGGACUACGCGGUGAUGGGUUCGAGUCUGUUUCUAAUACUUCCUGUAUUGACGGCGUACAUGAAGGUUCCUGAUGCUGCUCUACUUCUCAUUGGGAUCACGUGCAAGAUCAUUCGUCUCACCUGGGCUGGAUUUUGUCGCGAAACGUGGAUGGUAUAUGUGUCGGUUGUGAUUGGUGCCUUUGCAGGAAUGAUUACGUCAUCUAUGAGGUCACUUCUGAGCAAGUCGGUUGACGAGGACGAGGCGGGAAAGAUAUUCUCGCUUCUCGCGUGUGGCGAGACGGCGUCAAAGCUAUUUGGUGUCGUCGUGUUUGUAAAUAUAUACAUUGCAACAGCCUCUAUGUUCCCUGGAUUUGCUUACGCGUUAGAGGCGUUUAUAUACUUGUGUAUGUUUGUAAUGGUGUGCUAUAUGUACAAAGACAUUCGGUCAACAGGAACGGUUAACUUACUGCAAGCCUUUUCCGAAGCACCAAUGUACGGAACUACAACCGGAACAUACGACUCACGGGACGGUAAACUUCCGGUUGUAGAUGAACUAGAGGAACAGUCUUCGUUCGCUGCACCGCUCCCCGCCACUACGCCUUGA